UGUCAGUGGACUUAAAACAUUGUGUUACCUUCUUCAGACAAAAAUAUAACCCAUCUUGUAUAUAAAUGGAAAAAACACUCGUUUUAUUUGUCAAGUGACCGAGUCCAUUCGAAAAUAUGGAAUUAUUCUUUUGGAUAUAUUUGUGUUCUGCCUACAUUUCAUUCGUAUAUGGAUCAGAUUGUGUUUUUCCGGAAGAAUGGCGGGAUAGGUGGCAUGAGGGACGCCGCACAGAAAUUUCCGCUAAAAGUAUGUCACGAAAAGGCACGUGCAUACGGAGGGAUGGAAACAAAUUUUUCAUGCUCAAUAAAGAUGCUACUAAUAGAAAAUGUUUCACAUGUCUUGUGUUCACCCAGUGGCAUCUAAAUCUUCUACAGUAUAAAGAGAGUCCGUGUUGGUACGAGCAAAAGUUUCACCACGUUUGUGGUCUUAUCAAUGGAGAUACAAUAUUACAUACACUAGUCAGAGCACCCAGCUCACCUCCGAGUCUACCACGACUUCCGGUCACGUGUCCAUUCCAUGGCUCAUACACAUUCUCAUACACAAAUGGAACCAUGAGCAACCAGCAGUGCGAUUCACCACUUUCGGAAGUUCGCGCAUGUGCAGAUGAAUCAAAAUUCAAAUUUAUUUUCAAAAAGUGCAAUAGAAUUCCAGGGACACAUGAUAGAGCUAUGGACUUUCAAUGCCUGGCAUCUUGGGAAAAUGGAGACAAAUAUUUGUAUGGUAGUUUUUCCGAGCCCUGGAUGACAAGUGUGGACGACUAUCAGUACAGAUGCUUCAUGCACAGUUUCUACGGUACAAAUGGAGAUAUGUCAAUGUCGGCUGAUUCAACAUGUCAAGGUCUACAGAGUCCGACGUUAGGGGUCAUUACUAUGAAGUUCUCUAAAGAUCUAAAUGAGCCUCGAGGGUCUUGCAGUUUUCCUGACAUUCUUGUAAAUAGAAACAAAUGGCGAGAUUUGAGCGGGAAGUGGUUGCUCGAUGUCGAGCAAGGUUUACACGUGCUCAGACUCAAAGACCGUCAACCAAAAGGAACAAUGCAAUAUUCUGAACCGACGAAUCUUGACGCGUCAUCUACAAAGCUUGUUAUCCGCUGUGUAGAGAAGACGCACCACGCGGAGACGAUAAAAGCCGAUGUAUUACGAACAGAUUAUGUCACAUACGUCACAGACGACAGUUGUGAAUCCGGGUACCAGUGUGUUCGUCUGGUGAAAAGAGAUGAAAAUAUUCUAGAGAUGUAUCUAGGAGAACGCGUCAAUGGGACGUCCAUCAAUUGCAGGGAUAAAGAAUUUAAUGACGCGACCAAACAUCUACUUAUACCUGAUGUAAAUGACUCGGGUCAAUGUAGUAUAACAAGGAAAGGAAUAUACGACUAUCAGGACAAAGCAUCUGACUGUAGAGGGACUGUGAACAUCGGCUGUAGUACUCCUAAUAAGAUCACCAUUGAUACAAAAUGUCCUGCUAAUAAAUACAACGUUAAAACUGAAAAAGUUGAAAUUCUCCAUUGUUUAUAUAGUUGGACAGUAGGUGCUAAAACCUAUAUUAUUAUACAGAAUUCAGGCCAGAGAGCUAAAUGUCUUACGUUUAUUGACACAGAGCAUGGGGUGGAGUUACAGUCAGACGACAGCUGUCAAUCAGAUAGAUGGACAGUUACAAAUCAAUAUCUAAAUUAUCUCCUCUAUAAUCAUCCAGAUCCGUGUAUAGACGAUGAAAUACAAGCUGAUCAAAAUACAAGUAAUGAACGCACAGACGUUGAAGAACACAAAGAUAUCAACGCCAUAUCAAGUGUUCAAAGAACUAGUUUUUUCUUACCAACGAUAGUUUGCAAUUUCCUUUUGUUUUUAUUAUUACGAGUGAGGUGAAAACAUUCAGAGUGAUAUUCCAUUCCAGUGACCGAGGAUGACAACGUUGUAAUACAGUAUAACGCGGAAAUCAUAAAAUGUAACACGGAGGUAAUAAAAUAUAACGCGGAUACAGUGCAGAUGGACGCUAACAUUAGCGCCAGUGAUGAUGAUUCAACUGUGCUGUUCAUUGAAUUUUGUUAAACGGCUUUUGAAAAAGAAAACACAAUACAUGUACUUACACAAACAUGAUCGACGUCAACUGCGUCAUGUUCAUUCACACUGUUUGUUUGCUACAUCAAACUGAUAUUUUGCACACAUUUUAAAUGUGUUUGUUACCAUUUCGAAGGAGAUUUAUGGCUUUGAUUUUUAUCAGUAUAAAAGAGGUAGUGAGACAAUGAUUGAAUUUUAAAUUCAUCAUGGACACAAACCCACAUAUUAUGUUUGAACUUAAUAAAGAAAACAUGCGACCUCGAACAUUUGUUUUGUGCAGUAUCAUUACACAGAACUCCAAGCCAGAGAUAUCCACCAGCCAGUUGCAUUUCAUUGGUUUGGAUUCUAGCGAUUAGCAAAUAAGCCAAUAAACAAUGUUCAUGUUUAACAUUUUGGUGAAAAAUGCAUAAUAAUUUGAAUUUAUUGUCGUCGUAAAACAUGUUUAAAUGAAGUUUUGAAGUUGGUUUUCUCAACGUUUCUAAGAAUUUAAGGCAUAAUACACAGGAGUUAAAGGCCUAAUUGAUAAGAUUUAUUUAUGAAAUUUUGUUACUCCUAAAUAAUAGUGCAAUGGCCACUUAUUGGUCGAUUUGAAAUGUUUUUUCUGCCUAACUUUGCUUGCCUUUUGUGUGCUGGUCAGCAUGAAUACUCAGUUUACGUGUUCAGUUACCGGAAGUGGGUGGUCCUUCACAACCUGAAUCCUCUUCUGAAAAUAUUCAAGUCCAUCUAUGAUUUAUGAUUGGUUUAAAUAAACAGAUCACGUGAAUGACGUUAGCUUCAGUGGACCUAUGCCUAGAUGAAUACCGUUAUUUAUCUAUCUUAGAAGUAAAAAAUUCAGAAAUUUUAUUACAUAAAAUGCUCUUGACAAGACAGGUAAAUUGUAUUGGUAACUGUUAAUACAUAUUUUUAUGGUAGAAUGCUAAUUGUAAAUAUAACAAUGAAAAAAAGACACAAACUGUUUAAAAAAUGAUGUCAUAAUAAUUUUGAGGUGAUUUAUUAAAACUUCUGAGUAAUGACUGUUCAAUAUUCCAUUAAAUUCACGAACUGUAAAUUUACUGUGUUUGAAAUGUAUAUUGUAAUAGUAUAAGCUAUAUACAAUAUUUUAGAAAAAUUUCUACGUUUAAACAGAGCUGCUUCACCUCUAUAUAUCAAAUGUUAAGAUAUUUUAUGCUUGACAAAAGGUUAUUUCAUAAUGACAUAUUUAUUUCCUUUUGAUGUAUUAAGAGUCUCAUUACAAAAAGGUGAUAUUUUUGGAUUCUGAAAGUUGUGAAGGACCAUUCUCUUAUGGAAUAUAUUUGUUCAGUUUUUUAUAGUCAAAUUGAGAUUUUCUAUAUCAAUGAAAUGUUUGUUUAUACAGAAUUGUAUAUGCUAAUGAAAUUAUAAUGUUGUUGCAUAAUUGAAUGACUUAUAGAUAUAUAUAUAUAUUAUAUGACUGGGUAAUAAUUAUCCUCAGAUAGUGUAAAUGCUAUUAAGAAAUGUUUAUUGGUAUGUUUUAGUGUAAGUGCAUUUGUCAAAAAAGUGUCAAUCAGUGUUUUGACUUAGUCAGUCAAAAUGUUUUAUAGAAUACAGUGUGUCUAGUCGGUUUUUUACGAUAUAAUUACAUAGAACCUCGAGUUUUUAAACAUGAAACAUGGAGUUGAUAAAACUGGGCUCUGAAAUAGGAUCAAUUUGAACUGUUUUGAUUGAUUGUGAAUUAAAUUGAUGAUAAGUUGAUAUUUAUAAAGUCACAUUUUACCAUCGGCGACUCGUGUAGUGUACAUAUCCAUUUUCUUCUGUGUGAAAUCGUACAAAAUUUUUUUUUAUCGUUGUGAACAGUAGUUUCGAUAUCGGAACAAAAAUCACCAUUAUAAUCUUAUGACAUCAUAACAUAAACAUGUAAAUUUCAUCAAAUGAUUUUGAAACUAUGAUUCAGACAGCAAAGUUGAAAUUUUUGAGAUUAUAUUUUUAAUUUAGUGUUAUGUCAAAUAUUAUGAGGAUUUCAAUUUCUAAGGAAACAAUACGAAAGCUAAUUAAUACAACAAAAACAUAAUUAAGAUAUAAAAAAUUAGUUUGACCAGUUUACAUCCUUUUGGUUACUUAGUACGAAACUAGUAUAAAACGACAUAUCUAAGUACUAUAUUUAUAAAUGGCAAGACACUGCAUUUUGUUUUGUUUGUAAUUUUUCUAACAUUAUUUGUAACUGUUUUCAAACAGUUGUCUUAGUUACAUAUUAAACAUAUGGUAUUACGGAUAACAGGGUAUAGAAACGUAAACCAAAUUAUCAAUGUUGUAGUUCAUAGUUACAGUAUGCGCUUUAUUGAAUGUAUCAUUUUGUUUGGCUUGAAUAUCGUCUCAUGCAUUUUGUGUUAUUUUUUGGAUUCCAACGAAUAUUAUAUAAAUAUGAUUUAAGCGCACGAUAAUAAGACUUUUGUUGACAGAUAUUGUGCUACACGUUAUCAAAAUAUAUAACAUCUGUUAUACACCUGGACUAAGUACUUCAAACAGGAGAAACUCUCUCAGCCGUGUUCCGGGUAUAUUUAAAUUAUGUCAGUCUGGUUUAAAGGUAUUUCUAUUAUUGCUAAAAAGAAAGAUCUUACUUAAUAUUGAACGAUUUACAAACGUAUGAAACACUAUUAUUUCAGUAUGUACAUGUAUAUUUACUAUCCGGUUCUCAAUUUUAAAGAAUUAAAGAUGUCUUCAGGAUUCGCAGUUAUAAUCUAGACUUAUUUUAGCUUUAGUGAUGAAAAAUUACAUGAAUGCACCUUUAUCUUUUUUCGCUUUUUGUUUUUUUCUUUAAAAGAAUUGUUUAUGUUAUAGCAAAAUUAAAGAUAAAAACGUGACAAGUUUAGCGAUCCAGAUAAUAAAAAAAAAUCUUCAUUUUCUUUAAACGAAAUAAGAAAAAUAAAAAGGUGCCGUUUUUUUCUUUUUGCUCUUAAGUUAAUAUUUGAAUUAUAUUUUUGUCAACAUACGAAACUUUUUAUAACUAUUUAUGUUAUGUUAUGUUUUUAUCAGAAGCUAAAACUGAAUAUUCUUGUAUUAAGUUCUUAAUGUACAUGUCAACUUGAAAAAAUAUACAACUUUUAGUUAACAAUUAUAACAUAGUGGAAAUAAGAGUAAAAUUGGAAUAUAUUUGCUUGUUUUGUGUACAUGAUGUGAGUGAGUCCCGGUACAAUGGUGUCAGCUCACAGCAAUCAGGUUUGUUAUAGCCUGUAUAAGAAAGAAAUCAUUGUAAUAGUACUUUACCUCUAGUGACGCCAUUGAUGUCGGGACUGUACUCAUAUAUCUGAAGAAAACUUGUGUAUAUUUUGUUGUUAUCGUUCUAUUUAACACACUUAACUGUGAUAUUUUUGUAAUAAAUGAUACAAAUAUUUUUAUAAACCAA